UGCAUAGUGCACUACUCCCACUGUGAAGUCUCUAAACCACAAGCGCUCUUUGCACUCAGGAGUUAGGAAUCAUUUUUCUUUACUUUGAGAGCUUUUUUUCUAAAUCUUGAGAGAAAUUUUACAUUGUUUUUUCACUUUUUAAUUUCUGUAUUUUCCCCCCAACAAUUUGUCUUAACUGACACAUCUAAAAAGUUUUGGAUCAGAUUAUUGUCCCAAAAAGCUUUCAGUCAGAGAAACAAACGUGCAAUGGCUCCGUUUUUAUCAACAUACUUCUUAGUUUUGAUAUCAGCACAACUGGUCGAAUCAUCUGGUGUGUUUGAGUUGAAGGUUCACUCUUUCACAACCAGCAGCAGCAGCAGCAGUGUGUGUGAACAGUCCAGAGGAUGUAAGGGCUUUUUCCGUGUUUGCCUGAACUACACGCAGGAUGUCUUUUCAUAUAGGCUGGCAUGUUCAGAUGACACUGGACUGACAGGAAAAUUCAGCAAAGACCAGAGCUCCAUUUCCACCAGUGCACCAAUAACUGUGCCCUUUAACUUAAAGUGGCUGGGAACUGUCUCAGUGAUAAUUGAAGCAUGGAACACAGAGUCCUCCAAUGAUCAGUCAACAGAGAAUCUAAACAGUAUGAUUAGCCACUUUUCCACAGAAAGAAAUCUUACUAUUGGUGAGAAAUGGUCCCAGGAUGUGCAUCUUGGAGAGCAAAGUAAACUGCACUUUUCCUACCUCGUAGUGUGUGAUGAAUUCUUCUAUGGCGAUGACUGCUCUGAUUUCUGCCGUCCACGAGAUGACCCGUUCGGUCACUUUAACUGUGACGCCGCUGGAAAUAGAAUUUGCUUGCCUGAAUGGAAAGGCGAAUAUUGUGCAGAACCUAUCUGCUCAUCCGGCUGUAGUGAGAGAUACGGUUAUUGUGUGGCCCCUGGUGAGUGCAAGUGCCGCUAUGCGUGGCAGGGCCCUCGCUGUGAUGAGUGUGUACCCUAUCCAGGGUGCAUGCAUGGCACCUGCAAACAACCCUGGCAGUGCACGUGUGACGAGGGAUGGCGUGGCCUGUUGUGUGACAAGGGUCAAAAUGUCUAAAUUCAGAAAUUAUGUGUUUUCCUGCUUGUGUUUUCAUUUUUGAAAUACAAAAAAUAAUUAAAUUCCAAUUUUCUUUUUCUGGGACAUCAAAAAUGAUGAUGUCCUGUAAACAAUAGACAGUGUUUAUGGCAAAAUAUGACAUUUAUUAAACUGUUUAAAAUGAUGAGCACCGUUUUAGGUUCCUUUUAGGGCCAGUGUGACAUCAAGGAGACAUUUCAACAGCAAAUGCACUCUAUAUUACAGAGAGGAGUUACAUGUUACCCAUCACACCCAAGUUGUAUUAUGCUAUCAUGACCCUUGCUGGUAGAUGUUGGAAGUACAUAUUAUGGCUGCAUAGAGCAUCUUUCUCCAUUGACAGUCAUUAAAA